AUGAAGUCAAAUGAUAGCAGGUGAGUCAGAGUCUGUUCUCGAGUAUCGAAAUCUAUGUACUAAACUGUUCCAAGAAUCGUGCCCUCACGAUCCCACACCAAUACAAGUGAAAGGUUGAACAGUCUGCGGUCAAGCACAUCCAAGCCCCAAACUACCACAUCCGGAAACGAGAAACCACCAAAACUGAAGUUUUUCGAGAGUCCCCUAGUCCACGAGAAAAGGAGUUCUGCACAUGAAGAAAGCACCAAACUUCCUUCACCCGUCGUUAUUUCUGCUCCUCUGGCUUUCGUUGCUAGAAAGUCGUACAUCAGUACAGACGUGGACAAUAUCUAUGACGACCGAAAAUUCGACAACUACCAAUAUGUCAAAGAUGAUAUUCAGGAAACAGAUCUGCACGAGUCUCCCGAGUUUAAGAGGUAUAAGGAAUCCACUAAUAUUGAACUUUUCUACGAUUUGUUCUUCAUUGCAAACCUGACAACUUUCACCGACGUACUCGAGAUCAACAGUACAACCAACCUCAAGAAUUAUGCCGGGUUCUUCAGUAUUUUGUGGUUUUUAUGGCUUCAGGUUAGUCUGUUUGAUGUUCGGUGGGUCACCGAUAGUAUCAUCGAACGAAUUUUCAAGGCGGCACAGUUUGGAGUCAUGAUAGGACUUGCGGCUACUGGGCCACGGUUCGAUCCCGAAAAUCAAGGAGUGAAAACCUUUCGCUCGCUGGCUAUAAUCUUGAUGUUAUCGAGACUCGUUCUUGUCCUGCAAUACGGAAGUGUUCUGUAUCAUGUGUGGUACUACAAAAAGUCUAAAGGACCUCUGGCUAUGCUGAUGGGGUCAAAUUUCGUCGCAGCAAUGAUUUAUCUUGGAACAACCUUGUGAGUAUUGUCUUGCGAUCAUCCACUACUCAAGCUGACAAGGUACCACUAGUGGCUUCCGACAAGAUGGUCAGAAGAGCAUGGUCUAUAUCAUAUGGUAUAUUACUGCUGGUCUCGAAACAGCCUUUAACAUUGGAGUUUCUUCCAAGUUCAAAGUUCUUACCUUCCAUGGAUCUCACUUGGUACAACGAAUGAGUUUACUUACCUUGAUAAUUCGUGAGCUAUAUACCCCUAUUCCAGCGCUACAUACUAACAAGUCCAAUAGUCGGCGAGGGAGUAAUCGGUAUCUGUAAAAGUAUUGCUACUGUAAGAAAUCCAAAGAAAGUUCAUUAUCGAAAACGCACUUACUCACGAGCCCAAAGAUUGUCGAAAUUGAACCGACUUGGCCAAUGUCCCUCAUUGGUACCAUCGUUGCAGCUGUCACAAUAGUGGUAUGAGACUUCCUAAAUUCCCUGAUUUCCGUUUCCCUACUAACUACCGGCUAGUAUGUUAUCUACAUGAUAUAUUUCGAUUGGAUAAUGCUCACAGGAGCCGAUCUCCUCCGUCAAGAAAUCUGGGCAUUCCUUCACUUCCCCUUCCAUCUCGCCCUGGUCCUCUUAGUUGAAGGAACCUCCCAAUUCAUAAUUUGGCGAAAAGUGGUGGAAGCUGUCCAGUACGUCCCAACACCCCCUCAUCUCUAACCAUCUAACCAAAACCCGAACAGAGGCAUAAAUGAUAGCUACAGUGAGGUCAUCAAAGAAUACAACCUUUCCAACAACCGCACCAGCGUCGGUCUCUCAACUGUGAUCGUAGAAACCACCAUUAAAAUCUAUGAGCAUUUUCCUCCCAUUUACACAUCGACCAUCUCCGAAACCCAAGACGCGAUCUACAAGAUUGGGAAUGCGACUUUUGGCUCUGCUGAGCAGACUGACGGAUUGAAAACUCUUUUCGCUACUGUUCAGGAUAGCAUCUUCAACAGUUUCAAUAUUGAACCACCUGCGCCCGCAGGGUCGGAGAUGACGAUUGUUGAUCCGAAGGAGGAGUGGGAAAGACAUUUGGAGGCUUUCAUGUUCAUUGUUAGUUUUCCCUUUCCUUUGCUCUCCAAGGCGAUCAGCCGUCCAACCUAAUUACUUUGCAUGACCUCCUAACGUCAAAAUAGUUUGUAUACUUCUUCGUCGCCGCGGGAAUAAUGCUAAUCCUAAUGAACACUCUCAACGUCAUUAGUCGUGCCCACAUGACAAAGGGGGAUUACUUCCGGGUCACUGUUUACUUCUCCACUGGAAUUUUACUUUCGGGCGUGGCGUCAACGGUGACGAAUACUAAGGGAUUUGAGUUUGCGCAGAGUCCUUGGGUUUUGCCUACUGUUGCUAUUGCUCUUGGUUUUGGUAAGUCUUUUCAUGAAUAUUUUUGGUAUGGGCAAAGUACUAACUGGUUGUUAGUAAUGGCUUUUGGAUAUACGAAGUCCCUUUAG